AGAUUUUCAAUGAGAAAAGGACUGAGAAAAAAAUGAUAGGGAAAACCGUGAAACAAAUAAGUUCCAAAAUCAGCAGUGGUCAGUCCUUCCUUCCCUCCAUCUCAUUCGCAGAGUCGGUAUUCAAGUAUUUGCCAGGUUUGACGUCAUGUACAUCGGUGUCCACAAAUGGAUUGUGAACCAUCUUGAGCUUCACAUCCAGUUAGUUCUCUGCCUUCUCGAACUAACGUCGUUCGACGAAACCCGUAAUUGUUAUUUUCUGCGCGGAUAUCAAUUUCUCGGUCUGAACUACAGGUUGGGUCAAGCAUUGAGGUUUUGUGUUUGUUUAACAUUUUUCAAACGUGGGUCUUCUUUUGGAAUAACAGCAAUUGUACGCUAUACUAUCGUCCUCCAGACCAAUGGAGAAAAUGUCCAGACCUGAUCCUUUAAACUCAUCUUUCCAACCUCCAACUAAUGGCGUACUGAAAUCCUUGUUGGAGAAUCCAAUGAAGCUGCCAUUUCAUCAUGAAGAAGGUUUUGGAAAAGAUGAGAAAAAGUUGGAUGAGGAAGGCGGUGCCAAUACUCCACAGUCGGCCUUCCUAGGGCCAACCCUGUGGGACAAGACCUUGCCAUAUGAUGGGGACAACUUUCAGCUGGAGUACAUGGACCUGGAAGAGUUUCUGUCAGAGAAUGGCAUCCCCGCAAACUCAGCUCAGAAUAACCAAAACCAGCCACAGCAGUCCCGACAGCCCACUAUCCAGCAGGCUUCCCCUGCAUCCCCCAUACCCUCUGUGGUCGACCUCAAUAGCCACACCACUAUCUCUGUUCAUACAGCCAUGGUCUCCCAGAACUGUCUCCAGAGCCCCCCAGCCAGAGCAGUGCUGAAAACAUCUGCCAGGAACACCCCCAGCCCCAUCGAUCCAGAGUCUAUUCAAGUUCCAGUGGGCUACGAGCCCGACCCUGCAGACCUGGCUCUGUCCAGCGUACCCGGACAGGAGAUGUUUGACCCCCGAAAAUGCAAGUUCGCCCCAGAGGAGCUCAAACCACAGCCCAUGAUCAAAAAGGCACGCAAAAUCUUCAUCCCUGAAGAUCUCAAGGAUGACAAGUACUGGGCCAGACGCAGAAAGAACAACGUAGCAGCCAAAAGAUCACGGGAUGCCAGGCGACUGAAGGAGAACCAAAUUGCCAUCCGGGCUGGCUUCCUAGAGAAGGAGAAUGGUGCACUUCGCUCAGAGGUGGCCGACUUGAGGAAGGAACUGGGUCGCACCAAGAACAUUGUGGCCAAAUACGAGGCUCAGCAUGGGCCCCUGUGAACCUCCCCAAACCAACAUCCAUGCCACACCCUUCCCUCUCACCCCCUCACCCAAGAGUUUAAAGGACAAUGUGCCUCCCUUUUGGUGGCACUGCCCCACCCCCCUCACACACACACACACACACACACACCAGCCCCUCACCCCUGUACAUGAUAAUCCUAUAUGAUUCUAUCAUUUGGAAUUUGAAUUCUGUCACUGGGAUCCGUUAGUUUGUUCCUUCUGUUUUCUCACUCACCCUUCAUGUACACACAUGGGGUAUGAGUAUGUAUGCACACACCCUUUCCUCUUUCAAGUACUAGAAGGCACUUUGAGUGUUAAUGAGCCAACAGCCUACUCUCCGGAUCCCUACCCCGUCCCCUCUUUCCACUGUUCUUUUUAAAUGAUGCCAUGCUGUUUGUUUUCCCCCUUUCUCACCUGUUUUAUACGUGUGAUCAGGACUGAGAGCUGUUGUAAUGUAUCUCCCUCCCCAUCCUUAUGUUCUUCCAGUGCUGUUUUCAGAGGGAUUCUCCUCCUACCUAAGACCCUGUUCCUGUCUGUUAUGUCCUGUACCUUCCUGUAGCAUCCUUUCUCUCGGUUUGUACCAUACAUUCAUAUUGCAAUUUGUUUAUGUUAUUGUACUUCUGUUAAUAUUAUACAUUUCGUGUCCAUUGUUGUUCUAUUGCAGAGCUGUAACAUCAGUUCAUCACAUCAGGACUAUAAGCUACUCUUGUUUUAAUAUUUUCUCGUUAGCACUUAACCUCUCUCUCAAACCUCAGUAUAACUGUACAGUUGGAAAGAAAAACCAGCGAUUAUUUUCUAUCACACAUUGAGCAAUAAUCUUUUCCAAAUCUAUAUUAAUUCAUGCUACCAAGUUUUUCCUCCCACACCGAUUCCCCAAUCAGAGCACCUCUUGGUCUCCAGUAGAACCCACAACCCUCUUGUCUCGCGUUGCACGGUCAUUUUGUGUUGGGAGUUGUGCUCGCUAGCAUGGUGAUGGUGGACAGAUUUCCCACCCUGUGCUCAGUGGUCUCUCUGCUGCAGCCUGUUCCACAACCACAACUCUGCUUACCCUCUCUGCACCGAUCUUCUAACACGUGUCACAAUCUGCCCUGGUGCAAUGUUCCUCAGUCUAAUCUGCCUGAUAUUUAUGUAUCUUUUCUGUUAAGGACAGAUUAAUUCUUUGAAAUAUUCAAUUGUUAUUAUUAUGGCUUCUAUUUGUGUCGUUGAUAUUGUUGUUCUUCUUAUUAUCAUCUCAUCGUUUUUAUUUGAAUAUUUCAGCAUGAUUUCUCAGAACACAAACCUCAAGCUAAUCGCAAAGUGGUUGAAUUAUUUCCUUUUUUAUUUAGCAUGAUUAACAAGAGUGGUUCUUUUAAUAAUCAAUAGAGAUAUCUGUAUUUUUGUAGAUAUGUGUUUGCCUUCUUCCUUAAGAUGGCUGUAUGAAUGUAAAAGAUGUCGGGGAAAAAAGUAGGAUGGUGUUGUCCAGUACUGUGGUUAUCCCAAACAAUUAGUUUACUACAAACCAAAAGAUUCAGUACAGAGAUGAUACAUUGGUUAUAAGAGAUGUUUAUAUAAAGCUAUUCUAUAUGGGGGUUUUUGUACAGUAUUUUUCCUAUACAUUACUGGCUAUGUAUUUUAAAGGCACAGAAUCCAGAAUAUUAUUAUUAUUAAAGAAUACAAAUGCAUUACUCAAAGAAAGCAAAACACUACUAUAUUGGUUAUCUUAACCAUAACAAUGUGGUAGUUUUACAGAGAUUCCUCCAAAUCCAGCAGCAGUAACAGAUACUGUUGGGCAUUAUUGGAAAGACACUCCUGUAUCCUGGUUAUAUACUAUAGAUUUAGCCAUCAGUAACCUUUAGUUCCUUGUGUCAUGGAAUCGUAGUGCUUUAAGAUUGAGUCUCACCAACGUUAACAUGAAAUAAAGUUGUGAGUAUGGAGGACAGAAUGUAUGGAAUGAUCUUUAAUCGAUUUCUGAAGAGACCCACUUUUGGGCGGCAGGGUAGCCUAGUGGUUAGAGCGUUGGACUAGUAACCGAAAGGUUGCAAGUUCGAAUCCUCGAGCUGACAAGGUACAAAUCUGUCGUUCUGCCCCUGAACAGGCAGUUAGCCCACUGUUCCGUCAUUGAAAAUAAGAAUUUGUUCUUAACUGACUUGCCUAGUAAAAUAAAAUAAAUUGCUAUUGAUUGUCAUCGAUGUCACCACUAGGUGUCUCAAGAUUCCUGUUAUGGGUCCCUUCACUCAGCCAAAAUAUGACACCGGAGUCCUUUGAUGGUAAAACUGAAAAGGUUUACCUUUAGUCAUAUUCUGAUAUAAACUAAUAUUUGGAGCCAUCUCUAUGUUCACUAGUUAGAACAAUGUUACAAUGAAGGGGAGGGCAAUUUCAGGUUACUGUAGCUGCUGUUUUUCUGCUUGUUAGACCUUCGCAGUUCUAGUAAGCCCACUGCCUGAGUGAUAUUACUCUCAAUAACACUGCAUAGCUUACUGAGUUCUCUAUUUCUGCUAUAAUACUUCAUUAAAUUCACAAUUGACCAAAUACAGUGUAGUGUUCCUUACCUGUUGCAGAUCAUGGUCCAGCCAAGGUGAGAGUAGAGCAAUGUUUUGGCUGUAAAGAAAUGGCUGAAGAUGGUUUUCCUUAUUCACAUUUCUAUAGCCCAUCCGCACAGAUAUGGGUUUUGUUAGCUGUGUGUGUCCAUGUACUUAAACAUGCUAUUCUGUACCAUGGACGUACCAUAUGAAAGAAUAGGAUAAAGCCAUUACCAGUCCACACAUUGCCCACAUACCUUCCCGUAGAGUGACUUCACUACCUCACCCAUGAAUGGAAAAAAGUAACCAUAAUUCUGAGUCUAUUCCAGUGCCUUGAAUACACUGACUGUUCCUCAGUCUCUCAGCGAUGUAAUGUCAUUAUCACCACUUGAAUAGGUUCAGAUCUAAUGCAGCAAAUAUUCUAUAUAUUUACAAUUGUCUUUUUACUUAUUUAAAACGCUACAAUUAACUAAUUACCAUUGUAUUAAUGGCAACACCAAUGGACUGUUUCACAGAGGGUACAUAGAUACACAAUGAAAGGAGUAUUCUGUCUUGUCUGUCAUGGAAUGAAUGCAUAACAUAUGUUAUUCAGUCCUUGGCCUCCUGAUCUGUAAUUCAUAGUGUCUAAUAAAGUAUUUUCUGUUUC